AUGGGGCUGGCAGACGCAGGUAUAGAGAUGUAUGAUCUUGUUAUUGGUUGCUCAAUCCGUCAGGAAGGUGCCACAUACCUCAUCGACCCUACCUAUCUGGAGGAAGAUGGGUGCAACUUGGUGUCAGGAUCCGGGGAGAAUUUGGGUAGCCUGUCAGUUGCAUUUCUGCCCAGUCUGAACCAGAUAUCUGGACUGCAGUCGGAUGGUGAGAUGGGUGAGGACACCCUGACUGGGGGUGUGCGCACAUGCAUUGAGGGGUGUUUCAAACUGUACCCUGUCAUUCAGCAAGCCCUGUCCAAGGCUGUGCAAAGAAAGGCACCACCAUCAGAGAGCUGA